UAAAUAACAGGUUUGUGUAUGGAUUACACUAAAAUUUAAUACAAUUUCUUUUCGUUUGACAAAAUUAAUUAAAAUAAUUAGCCAAUAUGAUAGUUUUAAUAAUAAAUAAUAUUAUUUUACAGCUACCCAAAAAUUUUUCUGGAUCAAUAGUAAAUUGAUGAUUAUCAAGUUUCUUCGUCUUCUGAGAUUUAUUCUUUAUGCUGUUCAAGUUGCAACAAGUUUUGCAAUAGUCAUGAUAGAUAAGUUGAUUAAGCAUUUUGAUCGCAAUGUGAAUUUCAAUGAUAAUAUUCCCUAUAUGAAAUAUUACGUGGAUGCAGAAAAUCAAACAAUAGAUGAGGAACAAAAUGUCUUAACUUCAACAAAUGAAGUCCUUGACGAUGUGAACAUUUCUGAUACAAAUGAUUCACCAUUCACUGAAUCGAAUGAUCAAAAUGCAUCACUCGUGCCCAUCGAAAAUAAUGAGCAACAAAAUUUCCUAACUUCAACAAAUGAAGUCGUUGACCAAGUGAACAUUUCUGAUACCAAUGAUUCACCAUUCAUUGAAUCGAAUGGUCAAAAUGCAUCACUCGUGCCCAUCGAAAAUGACAAUACUACAACGAAGCAACAUCAGAUAACUCAGGUCACAGAAGAUGAAAAAAGAUUUAUGAUGAAAGAUAUGCCAAAGUUUAACUUGAUUAUAAACCACGUAUAUCCUCUAAGAGUGCUUUACACUUCUAAUGAUUAUCUUUUUUUGGCUAAAGUGAAUGAAGAAAAAUCCAUUAGGUCACUUGAAAGACGCAUAAAUGCGUUUUACAGUUCCUAUGAGGAAAAAACGUACGCCCCACAACUGGAUGAGCUAUGCGUUAUUAAAUAUAACGACGGUAAGUGGUACAGAGGCAUUUGUAAAGCUAUUAAUGAUGAUUUUAGUGGAAAAUCGACUUUUUUUAUAUCAUUGCUUGAUUGGGGCGAGUUUAUUAAUGUAAAUGCUAACAAUAUACGUAAAAUACAGCCAUUUUGUACUCAACACACACCUUUAGCAAUUAAAUGCGUUCUUAGAGAUUUGAAACUUUCACGUGUUCCGAAGAAAAUCUUAUGGAAACUUUCAAACAAAGUUUUCAAUUGCAACAUACUUGCUAGAAUUGGACCAAAUUAUUAUGAAAUUAAGUCAAGGCAGAUAAUUAGCUUAUUGAAUAAUUAAAUAUUAAUUAGUUUCAUCUAGUCAGCACUUUAUAUUUAACCCGCUAAUAUAAUUUACAUGUAAUUAAUUUUUAGAGAAAAUAUCUCAAUUUCUUAUUAUAUUCUUUUCAACUUGAAUUUUUUAUUCUAUUCUUUAUGAAGUACAAUUCAUUCCAAUUAUU